GGACUGACCCAGCGGAGCUGGGCCUGGCUCAGAAGUCUUUUCUGAGGAGUUUUCCAAAAUCUUCCAGGGGUCAGGGAAUGACAUUAUCAACAGCAGACCAUCUCUAUUUCAAAGCAGUUUGCCUCUGAAGGAAUGUUAUAACUUCUAUUUGGCAGGGCAUUUUCGUGUUCCCUUGCGUUAGGGGAAAGAGUUGAGAAGCGAGCGAGUAGUCUGCUCUUCUCUUAGACAGCGCUUGUUGCUUUGUUGCUUUAAGGAUUGCUGGGCGCAGGGCCAGAACCUCCUUGGGAUAUUAUUGUCUUACAGUUUAGAUCUGCUUAUCAGGAAACAGAAUCCCUGGAGGGUCAGGUGUAAGACAUGGAGGUCGGCUCAGUGGUCCGAGCCAUCUUUGACUUCUGCCCUAGCGUAUCAGAAGAACUGCCACUCUUUGUGGGAGAUAUUAUUGAGGUGUUGGCAGUGGUGGAUGAAUUUUGGCUUCUAGGAAAAAAGGAAGAUGUUUCAGGACAGUUCCCCAGUAGUUUUGUGGAAAUUGUGACCAUUCCCAGCCUAAAAGAGGGAGAGAGGCUGUUUGUCUGCAUCUGUGAAUUUACAUCUCAAGAAUUCAACAGUCUCUCCCUUCAUCGAGGUGACCUAGUGAUUCUCGAUGGCACUCCCACUGGCAGCUGGCUGCAGGGCCAAAGCUGCUGGGGUGCCCGCGGCUUCUUCCCGUCCUCGUGUGUACGGGAGCUCUGCCUCUCCUCGCAGAGCCGGCAGUGGCACUCGCAGAGUGCUCUGCUCCAGAUUCCGGACUACUCCAUGGGCCAGGCCCGGGCGCUGAUGGGGCUCUCUGCCCAACUGGAUGAGGAGCUGGACUUCAGAGAAGGGGAUGUGAUCACUAUUAUCGGAGUUCCUGAACCAGGCUGGUUUGAAGGGGAACUAGAGGGUCGACGAGGCAUUUUUCCAGAAGGUUUCGUAGAGCUUUUGGGGCCCCUAAGGACUGUGGAUGAGUCAGUAAGUUCUGGAAAUCAUGGUGACUGCAUUGUAAAUGGUGAAGUAGAGACCCCUACAAAAGGGGAAGAGAGAGGGCCAGAAGAGGAGGAGGAGCAGCCGGGGACCUAUGGGAUCGCCCUCUACAGAUUCCAAGCCUUGGAGCCAAAUGAGUUGGAUUUCGAUGUCGGCGAUAGGAUCCGAAUUCUGGGGACCCUGGAAGAUGGCUGGCUAGAAGGAUCCCUGAAGGGCAGGACAGGCAUCUUUCCCUACCGGUUUGUAAAGUUAUGUCCUGAAACAAGGGUGGAGGAAACCGUGGACCUGCUGCAGGAAAGCAGCCUUACUGGGGCCCCCGAAACGUCUCUGGGUUGCUUGGAGAAUUCCUUAGUAGUGGAGGAAAAGGGACAGCAUGAAUCUCAUGAGUAUGAAGCAGAGAAGUCCAACUGUAUUUCUGAAACAUCUCCCCCAGAUCAUCUGACCUCCGAGUAUGAAGUGAACAAAAUCUCUCCCUGGGACGAGGGCACCUCCAGGGGGCCCCUGAGAAGCCCAGGUGCAGGGCAUGAACAGCCUUUUGUCAAAGACUCCUCCACGAGGGGUCCUUCGGAGGGAGUCAACGGUGUUUCCUGCCAGCCGCACAUACCUUUUCAUCCCCAGCUGCCGAAAAACCAGUAUUAUUCGAGAGUAGAAGGGAGCCACCCAAGCUCAGAGCAGUUCUCGGACCCUUUUCCUCUAGAGGCAAGGACUAGAGACUAUUCCAGCCUGCCUUCCAGAAAAACAUACUCCCAACAGAAAACCCUUACGAGGCCAGUGUCCCCUCUUCACAGCGGCUCUUCUCUUUCAGCCUCUAGGGUGGUCAGACCUAGCCAGCUGAGCCCUCAACUCCAGGGCAUGGCAAAGUUUGCCAAAAAGCACCACACACCCAAAGAAAACAACGCUUCCUGCUUUUGUUCUGAGAUGAAGCCUGGUCUGCAGGACAGGGUGCCCGCUGUGGAAGCAUUGGCCUCCCCACAGGGAGAUGGCAACAUUGACCUGGAUUCUAAGUUGACACAACAGCUGCUAGAGUUUGAGAAGAGCUUGUCAGGGUCCGGCACAGAACCAGAUAAAAGUUUGCGCCACUUUUCAAUCAUGGACUUUAACUCUGAGAAGGACAUUGUUCGAGGUUCCUCAAAGCUAAUCACCCAGCAGGAGCGACCUGAGAGGAGAAAGGCGCUAAGGCCACCGCCACCCCGUCCCUGUACUCCACUGUCCACUUCUCCCCAUUUGCUGGUGGACCAGAACCUGAAACCUGACCUACCCUUGGCAGUGCGGCCCUCUCGCCCAGCUCCUCUGCCUCCCUCAGCACAACAGAGAAUGACUCCGGUGCCCCCCAAGCUCCUAACCUGUAACCGUCCUAGCUGUGAGACCCCAGAAAAAGAGGCCCCUGAGACUAUGGAAAAGACUUUGGACCAAACUUCCCAGUGUCCCCUGGUAUUGGUGAGGAUUCAGGAAAUGCAGCAGGACUUGGAUAUGUAUAGCAGGGCUCGGGAAGAGCUGAAGUCAAUGCUGGAAGAGAAGCAAGAGGAAUCCUUAAGGGCAGAGACCCUUGAGAAUCUUGAGCUGUAUGAGAGCAACAUCGAAAGUUUGAAUAUGGAACUCCAGCAACUUAGAGAAAUGACACUCCUCUCCUCUCAGUCUUCCUCACCAGUGGCCUCUUCUGGGUCUGUGUCCACAGAAAACCCAGAGCAGAGGAUGCUGGAGAAGAGAGCCAAGGUGGUAGAAGAACUUCAUCAGACAGAACGAGACUACAUUCGGGACCUGGAGAUGUGUAUUGAGCGGAUCAUGGUACCCCUGCAGCAGGCACAGAUACCAAACAUUGAUUUUGAGGGACUUUUUGGAAACAUGCAGAUGGUGAUAAAAGUCUCAAAGCAAUUACUGGCGGAUCUGGAAAUCAGCGACGCUGUAGGUGCUGCAUUUCUUGACCACCGGGAUGAGCUCGAGGGGACGUACAAGGUUUACUGCCAGAACCACGACGAGGCCAUCUCUCUGCUGGAAAUCUACGAGAAGGAUGAGCGGAUCCAGAGGCAUCUUCAGGACUCCCUGGCAGAUCUUAAGAGCCUGUACAACGAAUGGGGGUGCACAAAUUAUAUUAAUCUGGGCUCCUUCCUCAUCAAACCAGUGCAGAGAGUAAUGCGUUACCCACUGCUGCUAAUGGAGUUGCUGAAUUCCACCCCCGAGUCCCACCCAGAUAAAGUGCCUUUGACCAGCGCAGUCCUGGCUGUCAAGGAGAUCAACGUCAACAUUAACGAGUACAAACGUCGGAAGGAUCUGGUCCUCAAGUAUCGGAAGGGCGAUGAAGAUAGCCUCAUGGAGAAGAUUUCGAAACUGAACAUCCACUCCAUCAUCAAGAAGUCCAACCGAGUGAGCAGCCACCUGAAGCACCUCACUGGCUUUGCCCCACAGAUAAAAGAUGAAGCCUUUGAAGAAACAGAAAAGAACUUCCGAAUGCAAGAAAGACUGAUCAAAUCUUUCAUCCGAGAUCUGUCUCUCUACCUCCAGCACAUCCGGGAAUCGGCCUGUGUGAAAGUGGUGGCUGCCGCGAGCAUGUGGGACGUGUGCAUGGAGAAGGGACACAAGGACUUGGAGCAGUUCGAGAAGGUGCAUCGUUUCAUCAGUGACCAGCUCUUCACAAAUUUUAAGGAGAGGACAGAGCGGCUCGUCAUCUCGCCCCUAAACCAGUUGCUGAGCAUGUUUGCAGGGCCCCACAAGCUGGUACAGAAGCGCUUUGACAAGCUGCUGGACUUCUAUAACUGCACAGAGCGGGCGGAGAAGCUCAAGGACAAGAAGACCCUGGAGGAGCUGCAGUCGGCCCGGAACAACUACGAGGCCCUGAAUGCGCAGCUGCUGGACGAGCUGCCCAAGUUCCACCAGUACGCCCAGGGCCUCUUCACCAACUGCAUCCACGGCUACGCUGAGGCCCACUGCGACUUCGUGCGCCAGGCGCUGGAGCAGUUGAAGCCACUGCUUUCGUUACUCAAAGUUGCCGGCAGAGAGGGAAACCUCAUCGCCAUCUUCCACGAAGAGCACAGCAGAGUUCUGCAGCAACUCCAGGUUUUCACCUUCUUCCCAGAGACUCUUCCAUCUGCCAAGAGGCCGUUUGAGAGGAAGACUGUGGACCGCCAGUCUGCUCGAAAGCCGCUCCAGGGCCUGCCAAGUUACAUAAUGCAGUCGGAGGAGCUCCGGGCCUCCCUCCUGGUGAGAUACCCCCCCGAAAAGCUCUAUCAAGCAGACAGGAACUUCAACGCUGCCCAGGACCUGGACGUCUCACUUCUGGAAGGUGACCUGGUGGGCGUGAUCAAGAAAAAGGACCCCAUGGGCAGUCAGAACCGCUGGCUGAUUGACAACGGAGUCACCAAAGGCUUUGUGUACAGCUCCUUCCUGAAGCCCUACAACGCCCGGCGCAGCCACUCGGACGUCUCCGUGGGCAGCCACUCCUCCACCGAGUCCGAGCACAGUGGUUCUUCCCCCAGGUUCCCUCGGCAGAACAGCAACAGCGCCUUGACCCUCAACCCCAGCAGCAUGGCCGUGUCCUUUACCUCGGGGCCUUGCCAGAAACAGCCUCAGGAUACAUCUUCAUCGAAGGAACUCGACCAAGGAACUCUCAAUGCUCCCUUAAACGUGGGCAGCUCAGAGACCAGUCCCUCCAGCUGCCCUUCGGACCCACACUCCACCUCCCAGCCCAGGCCCUGGGACUCCGCAGAUGCGGCCCGAGACGCCGACCAGCCCGCCCCCACCCUCACCCUGAGGAGCUACCGAAACUCUCGGCAUCCAGAAAUGGCUGGUUACUCUGUGCCAGGGCGAAACGGGCAGGGUAAAGACCUGGCGAAGGGGUGUGCGAGAACAGCCCAGUCUCUGGAAGACAGAAACGAAGAGCCAGAAAGCAGUGAGGCAGAAGGCAACCAGGUCUAUUUUGCUGUCUAUACCUUCAAAGCGCGGAACCCAAAUGAGCUGAGUGUGUCGGCCAAUCAGAGACUCAAGAUCCUGGACUUUAAAGAUGUUACAGGAAAUACGGAAUGGUGGUUAGCCGAAGUUAAUGGGAAGAAGGGCUAUGUUCCAUCCAAUUAUAUUCGCAAAACGGAGUACACCUGAACCUGUUCUGCUUCCCACUCAUCGUCACUGCCCUCGCUUCCUUCUGCUGAAAGGCUCUCAUGGCCCACUGAGAGGGCAUCUGCUCCGGAGACACUGGCCCUGUCUGCAUUGCUUACCCAUGCCACAACGGGGCGCAAGAUGCAUCUCAUUCUCCUCGAUUGGGUUCUCAACCUUGAUGUUUACUAGAAUUGCUAGAAUUUGCAAUGAACCCUGGGGCUUGAAAAUAAUUCUGUGACCGCAAGGAGAGCGGCAAGUCCUGGGGUCGGCCCAUGGAAAUGAGAAAUUUCCAAUCAGAAGACCGGUAUCCUACGUAUGCUGGGAGCUACGCAGCGGCAUUAGGAGGCGUUGGUGUUGGUUGUACCAUACUGAGUUUGGGGUGGCCUCGAGCUCCACGACCACCUGACUGAAACCAGCGUGGAUGAAAAGAACUCUCCGGAAGCCCUUUUUAGGCUGCGCCUCUGCCUGUGGCAAGGGGUUUGCUGAGAUUGUACCGUUUCUGGUGUUUCAGAACUUAAGUGCCUUGCACACAUGCACACAUAUGUGCCUGCCCCGAUUUCUGAAAGUCCUUCAAACACUACCAUGUGAAAACUUUCUUAUUUCACUGCAUUUCCAGAUUGGGUGUGCAUCAUUCAACUGCUUGCCUUGCCCUUUGGAAAAGCAUCGAGCGUCUUUAUUUUCCUUCAACUUUUAUCUGAAAGGCUCUCAUUUCUUUUAGGUGCAGACAUCUGCGCCUUUCUGACAGUCACCUGUACUUCGUACAGUCUGCGUGUGACAGUCUCUCCUGCGCUGUUUUCUGCAGCCCAGCAACUGACGGAUUUCCUUAGGACGGGAUCUGGCUCCAGCCAGGCCACUGCAGUGCUCGCUCUGCAGUGAGCCGAAACCAGUCCAGCCUGGUGGGAGACUGGAAACCUGUGUCCUUCGUCCAAGCACACUACUAUGCACAGGUGCAGAAAACGAACACAUGUGUCUUAUUUAAAUUCAGAUAAGCAGCCCGGAAAGUAGCUUAUCCUAGACUUGGAAAUAAGCAUUUUCUGUCUUACCUUUAACCCCCAUGAUUCAGAGAGCACACAGUCUAAGCCAAAAAGAUUCUAAAGUGCCUGAUAGCACCUCUCUCCGGCCUCAGGAACAUGCUGGCUAAUUUUCAGACGGAGACUCGCCCCCUGCAAGUUUUCCUUGAUCAGUGCUCUCACUUGAGGGCUGCCCGCAUAUGAAGCCUACGCUGGAACGGGACACUAUGAAACAAUUCAUAAUUUCUUAAAGGGAGUUAAGAACAGCCUUACAGCCCCUGUUCCUCCAAGUGGGCCUUUGGCCGGAACAUCCUGAUGACCAGGAGACACCUGCGGACCCUGAGCCCCCACGCGCCUGUGGGUCGGUCAGAAGGCAGCGAUGUGAGCCUCUUGUGAAUAGUGUUUAUAGUUAGAGAUGUUUCUACUGAAGUAGUUAUUUUAUAAAUAAAAGCAUUUCUAAGGGC